AUGUCUUGUCUCCCGUUAUUCGAUGGUCGAAGACUCCAUUGGAGAAAGUUGUCUUUAGGGGUUUGCGGAUUGAGUAUCAUCCUCUCCGAUUUUAUGGUCUAUGUUUCUCAAACUGUACUAGCAAAAGUGGUACAUAUGGUCUUUAGGUUCAAUGAUAGUUAUCAUUUAUGCUGGUUAUAUGAUGAUGAUAAGCAUCUCUUCUCUACCAUCCUCAUCACUCGGAUCCCAUACCAAAUAGCCCUUGAUGCGUUUUAUCGAAGUGAUCUAAUCCCUCUGCUUUGGAUGUUAAAGCAACCUCCUCUCUACUACACAAACAUAGUCCUCCGAGUCUGUGCUGUUUGGGUACUAUGGGCAGUGCUUUUUGCCCCUAUGGACUCCAAAGUCUCGAAUCUCUUCUCAUCGUCUAAGCGUCGUUUGACCAAGACCAACCAUCCGUCCUCUGGUUUAUCCAAAGAUGGCCUAUCGAUUUACCUUGAUCUCUCAUGUGCCAAUGGGCUCCCAAACUCAUGGUUCAUAGCUCUCUUGGAUUUACAAUCGAUGUUCUCUACUUCUAAUCUUAUGGCAUUGGGGAAUGCCUCUAUUAUGGAUUCAGAAUCGAUUCAAGACAACAAUGAUUAUUUGGGUGAAGAGAUUGAAGGAGACGAUGGUCCACCAGUCUCGCCAGUUGGAGGGAAACGAUCAAGAGCAAGUUCUACUUUGCCAGCCAAAGCAAGAAAAAAGCCAGCUCACAGGUCAUUCAUGUGGCAACAUUUUGUUCAGAGGGAUCCGGAUGUUCCACUCAACAAUUGUCUCUACUGUGGCCAAGAGAUAGGGUGUGAUACUGUAAGAAAUGGAACAAAUGCCAUGAAGGCUCACCUUAGUAGGUGCAAGUUGUUUAAGAAGCAUGAGGAGAGUGGUAGUCAGAAAGUGUUGGAUAGUGAUAGUAGUGGAGUUAUGACAGCAGUGAAGUAUGAUAAAGGUCUGUUUAGGAGAUCUGUGAAUGAGAUGAUAGUGCUUAAUGAGCUACCUUUUGCAUUUGUGGAAUCAGAAGGUUUUAGGAGAUUAUGCAGCAACAAUCUCCCCAUGUACACAAUUCAUUGCACGAAGACAGCCACUUCUGAUAUUUAUGGGAUGUUUUUGAGUGAGAAUGCUGCUUUGAAAGAGUUGUUUGGUCACCAAAAGCAGAGAGUGUCGAUGACAACCGACAUAUGGGUCCCUCCAACCACUUCUUGUAGUUACAUGGUGGUCACAGCUCAUUGGAUUGAUCGAUAUUGGAAAUUGCAGAAGAGGAUCAUUAGCUUCAAGCCUGUCACCGAUCACAAAGGAGAUACUAUUUCAUCACACUUGAUUGGAUGUCUCGGAGAAUGGGGAAUUGAGAAAGUCUUCAUGGUGACAGUUGAUAAUGCGAAAGCGAAUGAUAAAGCUUUAAAGUUGUUCAUAGAUGCUUUGGUGAUGAAAGGACAUGAUGCAUUAUUUGCACAUGGGGAUUAUCUUCACAUGAGGUCUUCAGGUGCUAGAUUCAAAUCUUUUCUGUUGAGGGUUGAGACUGGAAAUUGCAGUAGAGGAAGCUUGUGUCUUGAUGUUGCCACUAGGUGGAACUCCACCUAUCUUAUGCUCACAGCUGCAAUCAAGUUCAGAGUUGCGUUUGAGAAGAUGUUGUUGGAAGAUAAAUUGUACAAUGAGUAUUUCAUGGAGAAAGAAGAUAAUGUCGAGGAUGGAGUUGAAGGGGAGAAACGUGUUGGUCCUCCAAAGUUUUCUAAUUGGGAUGAAGUGCAAAGGUUAGUUAAAUUCUUGAGAAUCUUUUUCAAUUGCAUAUUAGCUUUUUCUGCAACAAAAUCAGUGACAUCUUCUAUUGCCUACAAUGAGAUCGUCAUUAUCAAGAAAAACUUGAUCAAUCUAAGCUGCAACUCUGAUUCACUCUUAAAGACCGAAGCAAUGGUGAUGAAGUCCAAGUUUGAGAAUUAUUGGGAUGGUCUUAUCAACAUGAAUCCACUAGUGAUCAUUGCUUCGGUCUUUGAUCCGAGGAGCAAGAUGCAAUUUGCUAGUAUUUGCUUCGACAAGCUUUAUGGGAAGGAUAGUGUCGAAGCUACUCAUCUCAGAUCAUCAAUUAAGAGUGUGAUGAAGAAGCUAUAUGAGGAGUAUGCGUCGAAGCUUAGCUCAACCCCUUCUCAAGGUGAGAGUAGUACUGCUGCCAGAAGUAAUCAUGGAGAAUCAGUAGAUACAAGUGCCAUGUUUGAUUUGUCGGAUGAUGAUUGUUAUGAAAGGAAGGAUUCAUUGUACUCUGACAUGAUUUUGGAUGCAGCAUAUGAAGAAUCUAGUAGUGAGCUUGACAUGUACUUACUGGAGAAACCUGUGCCAAGAACCCAAUAUCAUUUGGGAUUGGAUUACGAUGUUUUAUCAUGGUGGAGGAAGAACAAUUCUAAAUUCCCAAUCUUGGCAGAGUUGGCAAGAGAUGUGCUUGCCAUUCAAGUGUCAUCGGUGGCAUCUGAGUCCUCAUUCAGCACAAGCGGUCGUAUUUUGGACCGUUAUCGAAGUUGCUUGUCACCACACAUGGUAGAAUCCUUAAUUUGCACUCAACAAUGGUUGAGGAAUACCAUUCAUGAGGACAAACUAGCAAAUUUGGUUCAAAUGUUUGAAGAAUUGGAGUUUCACGAGUCAUUAGCUUCAAAGGUUUAUGGACAGCCAUCUGUAGAUUCUUAA